CCCAGUUCAUUGUAAAACAUGCAAAAUGUACAUUUGUACAAAAUAGUUCAUUUCCUCUCGUUCCAAAAUGUACGUGUAGCAGCGUCGCGAUGUCCGAACUGCGCAAAAGUAUAUGUGCUUGGGCUGUUUUGGAGUGAAGGUAAGACUCCUGGCCCGGGACUGCCCCGUACGGAAUGUUACUGAAGGAAUGGACAGAAACAUCAGUGAGCAGCUCAACAAAGCCUUUGAAGCGUACCGCAAUGCAUCUAUUGAGAAAGACAUUGCCAGAAAGGAACUUCAGCACAAGACAGAGCAGUAUCAACGGCAAAGUCAGCAGCUUGAGAGAAAGAUAGAGGAGCAAGCAAAGACCAUCACACAUCUUAAAGCUCAGCUCAGUUUACUUCAAAAACAUGCAUCAGAGGAGAUGAAACUUGGCGAGUCUGCAUACAGAAAACAGGAAGUAGAGACCUUGUCACCUAGCGAUAAUCACUCCGACAACCAGUCCAGUUCCUACAGGACUAACCCUUUCCUGAUAAAGGAACCCACAGAGAAUUUCGGGAUGCUUCCCACCAUGAUUUCUGCCACUUGCGUAAUAAAGAGUGAAGAUGUUCUGGACACUCUGCAGGAAAUCCAGGGGACUUUCCAGAGGAUUCAAACCUUAGCGAGACGACAGAAAGAUUACCUGAAGAGAAUACACAAAGGAAACGAAUCCGCUAAUGAACAGUUUUCAAUGCCCAUCCAAUGCACAGAUGACACGACGGAACAGGCUGAGGUGCCCUUUUCCAAACCACUAAAACCAGAAGUUGACAACACAUUAUCCUCCACAUCUCUUGCAUCAUGUGGCGCUGUUCUAGAUGACGGCCUUUUUGAUUCGCUAAGAGUCCUGAGUGUCAAGUUUCCCCCGAGUACAGACUCCGAAUACGACUUUCUGAACAGUACACAGGAUAAACAAGUGGACCUGUCCCUGCACAGGCCCAACCAUGGAGACCACGUACACACGUUGAGGGAGGAGUCUUACUCAUCAUACCCCACGCCCACUCCAUCCACUCACACAUCCGCGUCUUCUGCGGCGCACGAAAAUGUACGAGGACCCCAACAGCUUUUUUGGACCCCAGACCUCCCGGACAUGUCCUCCCAGGCGUCAGUGACAGACGCGCAGCAGAUGAGCAGCAAAGAGAAGUGUGCCUUUUGCAAGGAUGAUGUAUCCCCAAAUCACAUGUAUAGCCACCUCAAUUCACACUUCAAGAACAAAGCUGGCGAUUGACAAACGCGGGCAAGGGGCCGCCCGCAGGACUGCAAAGGGGCUUUAUUCGUGGUUUUGUCGAGUAGCGUGAUACCCGUCAGAACACAUUUGCUCAUGUCCUUCAGUGACACCAUGAAGAGAGCGGAACCUUCCACGCUCAUUUAUUUAAUUAGGAGAACUUUAAACGGUUCAUUUUAGGCCUGUUAUGUCUUAAUUAAUAUUUUUAUUUGCUGCAUUUUAUUUGGAGGCAUUCUGAUGACAGUUUACUUUGCGGUGAAGACAUGCUUCCUUUAAUUUUAAAGUAAUUUAAUUCAAGAUGGCAAUAUAAAGGACAUUCAUAUCUCAGAGGAACUAUCUCAUGAUUGUAAAUGCUGUUCAUGUGAGGUCAGUCCAAUGCUGUAUCUUUUGAGAAUUAAAUGUCACAGCAUUUCAUUUUUAGACACCCUUUAAAUCUGUUUCUUCAAAUAUUUCCAAAACUAAAGAACACUUUUAUGUUUGCAUUUAUUAAAUUAAAAGCAAAACAUCAAUUUCUUUUGUCUUUAAAAAGGGUUAGUACCCCCAAAAUUGGAAAAUAUGUCAUCAUUUACUCAAGCUCAAGUCGUUCCUAACCUAUAAAACCUACAUGGAACACAAAAAGAGAAUGUUAUAGACUGACAGCCUUGGUCACCAUUCACUAUUAUUGUAUGCAAAAAAAGAUGCAAUGAAAACAUUAUGCCUAAUAUACAAUUUUGUGUUGCAUAGAAGAAAGAAAAAAGUCUAGUUUUGGAAUGACAUAAAGGUGUGUAAAUGAUAACAGAAUUUUAUUGCCAUGUUGUCUCAAGCCAUGUGUGUGUAUAUAUAAAUAUAUAUUACAUUUUGUGAAUAUAUUUACCUUGUUGUGAUUACAUUCUUUUCAGGCAUAAAGGGGACCAAGGCUAGUUGUCACACAAAGAAGUCACUAUGUCAGGCUGUCACAAUUCCAAUUACAUAAAUGUGUAUUUUCUCUA